AUCAUCACCAUCACUCUCUCUCUCUCUCUCUCUCUCUCUCUCGGGAAAUUUAAUUUUUUGAUGUGAUCUUUUCUUCAACCCAAACCCAUGUAAAAAAACAACAUUAAGGAAUGCAAAAGCAGCUCUGUCAUCUGUGUACGCCCUGACAAUUACGUGUUUCUGAUGAUCUGAGCUUCAUGGGUUCUUCCCAAUUUGAUCGAAGGGCGACGACCCACCUCUCACUUCUUCAGAAACAGGGGAUUGAUUCGGGAUUGCGGAGAUUAUCAGGACCAGAGGAAGGAAGAUGAGCUGAUAGUUUUUUGUUCUUUCACGGUUCUUUUAUUCCGGGAUACUGAAUAGAGAUGGAGGCGUUACCAAGCCCGGGGCCAGGGCAGGCGCAACCGGCACAGCCCCGGAAGAAGAUGACAAAGCAGCUGACAGGGAAAAGGGACGAUACGCCCUUGCACUCAGCUGCAAGGGAAGGGAACCUCAAUGCGAUCAUUCAAAUGUUCACCGGAACCGGGGAGAUGGAGCUCAAGGAGAUGCUGGAGAAGCAGAACCAAGCGGGCGAGACCGGCCUCUACGUGGCAGCGGAGUAUGGGUAUUUUGAUGUUGUGAGGGAGAUGAUCAAGUACUACGACCUUGCAGAUGCUGGGAUCAAGGCCAAAAACGGGUUUGAUGCACUCCACAUUGCUGCCAAACAGGGUGAUACCGAGGUUCUUAAGGUGCUCCUUGAGGCUCAUCCUGAGCUAGCUAUGACGGUGGACGCGACAAACACGACUGCCCUCCAUACGGCUGCAUCACAAGGCCAUAUUGAGGUAGUGAAGUUGCUACUUGAGGCAGGGAGUGGGUUGGCGACGAUAGCUAAAAGCAACGGGAAAACAGCCCUUCACUCUGCUGCAAGAAACGGACACUUGGAGGUGAUAAAGAUGCUCCUGGAGAAGGAGCCAAGCAUCGUGACUCGAACAGACAAGAAGGGCCAGACAGCCCUCCACAUGGCCGUGAAGGGCCAGAACGUUGAGGUAGUCGAGGUGUUGAUAAGGGCGGACCCGUCAUUGGUCAACAUGGUCGAUGCGAAGGGAAACGCCACAUUGCAUAUUGCUUCACGAAAGGGCAGAUCUCAGGUUGUGAGGAUGCUUCUUUCAUGUGCUGAAACCAAUACAAAAGCUGUGAACCGGUCAGGUGAAACUGCCCUCGACACGGCUGAGAAGAUGGCGCAGCCUGAUGUGGUGGCCAUUCUUCUAGAGCAUGGUGUUCCAAGCGGUCGAACCAUCCAGCCACAGACGAUCAGUGCUGCCCGAGAACUCAAGCAGACCGUGAGUGACAUAAAACAUGAGGUUCACUACCAGCUUGAGCACACCCGCCAGACAAGGAAGCGGGUGCAGGGCCUUGCAAAGCGGAUCCACAAGAUGCAUGCGGAAGGCCUCAACAACGCAAUCAAUUCGACGACUGUGGUAGCAGUGCUGAUAGCAACGGUAGCUUUUGCAGCCAUCUUCACUGUCCCGGGCCAGUAUGUGGACGACCCUGACAAAAUCCCGAAAGGCCAGUCCCUAGGGGAAGCCAACAUUGCCCCAAAGGUGCCUUUUGUGAUCUUUUUUGUGUUUGACUCAGUAGCUCUCUUUAUAUCGCUCGCGGUUGUGGUUGUCCAGACCUCAGUGGUUGUAAUCGAGAGCAAGGCAAAGAAGCAGAUGAUGGCGGUCAUCAAUAAACUGAUGUGGCUCGCCUGUGUUCUCGUGUCAGUCGCAUACCUUGCACUUGCCUUCGUGGUUGUGGGUGACAAGGAGAGGUGGCUUGCAAUCGCCGUCACAAUCAUCGGAACGACCAUUAUGGCCACCACAUUGGGCACGAUGAUUUACUGGGUCAUACAGCACCGGAUUGAGGCCUCGAACAUGAGAAGUAUACGCAUGUCAUCCCUGGGGAGUCAGUCCCGGUCUGGCCGGUCCUACUCGGUCUCAGUGAUGUCUGACUCAGAGAUACUGAACAAUGAUUACAAGAAAAUGUACGCAAUAUAAAUGUUACACCCCCCGUGACAAUACAAAUUGGCAGGCAGAGGAUCUUGUUAUUCUCCUUGCGAAUGUAAAUUGUAAUAUGAGCCAAAGUUUUGGUUGUUUGACAAGAACAGUAGUCAAUCGAAAUGAUAAGCUCAGCAGCUCUAGUUAAUUGACA